ACCAUCAGAAAAGAGCGAUUGCAGGGUUCUUGACCUGAUAUUUGAAGGACUGGGGCAUUCAUGACUUUACUGCACCAACAAGCAUAAUUUCCUCUGGAUUAUUGAUGUAUUGGAAAAAAGGGACAUGGGGAGGAGAGAGUCCUGAUCACAUGACCGAGAAUGAACAGACCUGAGCCGUGCUAACGCUCAAAUGUCUCCUAUUUUUUCAUUAAUUUUGCAAACAAGAGAACCAAAGACCUAAAAAUCCUCACUGGACUCGAUGAGCUGUGAAGAUGGGAACUCUGGUCAAACCAGCGCUGCUGCUACUCUUCUGGCAGAGUGUUUGGACUUUGGACGUUCCACUGGAAAUCAGACAACCCCCCACCAUCACAAAGCAGUCGAUGAAAGACCACGUUGUUGACCCCAAAGAAACAAUGGUCAUCGAGUGUGAAGCCAAAGGAAACCCUCACCCCAUAUUUUCUUGGAGGCGAAAUGGGAAGUAUUUCAAUGUGGCGCGUGACUCCCAGGCAUCGAUGCGCAGGCGCUCGGGGACGCUGGAUAUCUAUGCCCGAACUAAUCCGGAGCAGUAUGAGGCAGAGUAUCAGUGCAUUGCCUCCAACGAGUAUGGAUCAGCAUACUCCAACAAGAUCAGGCUGCAGCUGUACAGACCUCCAGUGUGGCCAAGAGAGGUCCUGGAGCCUGUGGUCAUCAGCGCUGGUUUGCCCCUGGUCCUGUCCUGCGACCCCCCACCUGGCCCCCUUAGACCUGAAACCUACUGGAUGUCAAGCUGCUCCUAUGCGAGACCUUUCAACUGGCCCAUUCAGACAGCUUUCCCCACCAUGCGCGCUGUGCGGCAGGACCGCAGGGUUUCCAUGGGAGUCAACGGAGAUCUGUAUUUCUCCAACGUGCUGUUUAAUGACUCUGUCGCCGACUUCUGCUGUAAUGCCCGGUUCCCCUUCAAGAACGUCAUCCAGCAGAAGAUGCCCGUGGUUGUUAAAGUGCUUCCAACUCAUACCGUGGCUGAGGCUGCCCCCACCUGGCUGUCUCCCACAGGCUCGUCCAGCUCCACACUGGUCCUGCUCGGAGAGGAGCUGCUGCUGGAGUGCAUCGCUGCAGGAGUGCCAACCCCUCAUAUUACCUGGACCAAGGACGGAGAAGCCCUGGUGGUCACUCCACGGAUGAAAAUCAAGAACUUCAACAAGCUGAUUCAAAUACAAAAGGCAUCUUUUGAGGACACCGGUGACUACACCUGCACAGCCACCAAUAGGAUAAGCUACAUUGAGCACACAAUAACUGUCAGGGUCAAAGCCGCUCCAUUCUGGUUGGAGAAGCCUGAUAACUUGAUCCUGGCCCCGGAGGAAAGCGGCCGCUUGGUGUGUCGUUCUGACGGCGCUCCCCGUCCCACAGUCAGCUGGUUCAUCAACGGGGAACCAAUUGAAACGGCUACACCAAUGCCAAACAGACAAGUAUCAGGAGACAUGAUAACCUUCCGCAGUGUGACCACUGAAAACAAUGCUGUCUACCAGUGCAAUGCUUCCAAUGAGUUUGGAUACCUACUGGCUAAUGCGUUUGUCAACGUGCUACAUGCAACGCCACGUAUUCUCUGGCCCAGGAAUGAAUUCGUUAAGGUGGUUGAGGGUUCUCGAACUUUCUUAGACUGCCGUUACUUCGGGUCUCCAGUGCCGGAGCUGCGAUGGUCUAAAUAUGGACAAGGAAACCUCGAAGGAAACCGCUUCAAAAUCCACAGUAAUGGGACUCUAGAGAUCAAACGCAUUCGGAUCGAAGACGAGGGGACUUAUCUGUGUGUGGUCAGCAACAUCGCUGGGAGAGAGGAGAGUCAAGUCAGGGUCGAGGUCAAAGAACCCACUUUGAUUGUCACAAGACCACAAAAUAUGAAAGUUAUGCGCGGAACUGACGUGCGCUUUGAGUGUGGAGUGAAAGCAGACGCCACGACUCCUGUUACAACCACCUGGAUAAAAAACAAAAGGCCAGUCAGUCUUGGCUGGAGACUCACUCUGGAUGAGUCAAAUCUGGUCAUUACUAAUGUAAACAGAGACGAUGAAGGCAAUUACACAUGUGUCAUCAAGAGUGAACUGGACCAGAAGUCUGCUUCAGCUCAGCUGAUGGUCAUGGACCGUCCGAGUCCUCCCACUAACUUAGAGCUGUCGGAUCCAUAUGAACGAACUGUGAGGCUCAGUUGGGUUCCUGGAGAGAGCAACCAUAACCCCAUAACAGACUACUUGGUGCAGUACGAUGAUGAUGACUGGUUGCCUGGAAAGUGGAAAAACCUUUCGACUUACCCAGGAUCACUCAACUCUGUCAUUUUGCAUCUCACGCCUUUCACCUACUAUGAGUUCAGGGUCAUCGCGAUCAAUGAAAUCGGAGCGAGUCGACCAAGCCGUCCAUCCUCACGCUUCCAGACCAGUGGCGCCCCCCCAGAUGUCGUUCCAAAGAAUGUGAAAGGCGUGGGUACAUGGAGGAAUAACAUGGAGAUUAGCUGGGAGCCUCUGGCCUACAGAGAAUGGAAUGGACCCCAUCUUAAGUAUCUGGUGUGGUGGAAAAGGAAAGACUCCCGAGAGGAGUGGAAGAACGCAACCACAAAGUGGCUGAAAUACUACAUCUACGACGCGGACACCUUCACUCCCUAUGACAUUAAAGUCCAGGCUGUCAACGACUUUGGACUGGGACCAGAAUCUCCUGUGGUCACUGGUUAUUCUGGAGAAGACCGUCCAGUAACCGCACCCUUGAACCUCAGAGUGUCCGACAUCCAGAGUACUCAAGUGACUGUUCACUGGGACUCAGUGACACGUGGUACUAUUAUGGGAGAGCUGAAAGAGUAUAAGGUCUACUACUGGAGAGACAGCAGCCAGCUGAGGUGGCUGUGGGUCAACAGAGGGAUGAAGUCAAAAUCGUUUCCCACCAACGAUCCAGAGCCUUCCGGGGUUCUCACAGGGCUUAUCCCCUAUAGCAACUACAAGAUGUACAUAGUGGUGACAAACAAUCGAUUUGAAGGGCCGCCAAGCAACGCUAUAUACUUCUCAACACCCGAAGGAGUGCCAUCUGCUCCCAAAUCCUUCAGGAUCCAGCAGCGACAUCUGGACAGUAUUUACGUUGACUGGGAAAUGCCAGCAGAGCCCAACGGCAUCAUCACCGGAUAUUCCCUCAAGUACCAGACAGUGAACGCCAGCAGGGGCGAGGAGCUGCGAGUGGAGGAGCUCCCUCCUAAUGUUACAAGCUUCUCGCUGCGGCGAUACGACCGCUACACGCGGUACAGAUUCUCGGUGGCAGCUCGGACUCAGCUGGGGUUAGGGGAGUGGCACACAGAGGAGUCGCCCCACUACACCACAGAGAUAUACGCUCAGGACCAGGUGGACAUCACCACGCAGGGCUGGUUCAUUGGCAUCAUGUGUGCCGUGGCUCUCAUCGUGCUCAUCCUGCUCAUCGUCUGCUUUAUCAAGAGGAGCCGAGGAGGGAAAUACCCAGUGCGGGACAAGAAGGAUAUAUCUCUGGAGCCAGUGGAUGACAAAGAUCAGGAAGGAUCUUUUGAUUAUAGGUCCCUCGAAAGGAUCGCACGCAUCUCUACACUACCCUACCCUCGAAGAGAGGAGGAGAGAGGCCUACAAAGAGGCCAGCCGUCGAUGGAGGCGAUGAUGAAGCGGACGGACAGUGACGACAGUCUGGUGGAAUACGGCGAAGGAGGGGAGAUCCCUUUCAACGAGGACGGUUCCUUCAUCGGUCAGUACACGGGGACCAGGAGGGACGUCAGGGAGCUGGACUUUGGCGGAAGUCUGGAGAUUCACUCGCCAAUGAAUACGAUCUACUCCAUGGCAUGAGGCUCAAACGCCGAACGCCACUCCUCCCCUGAGCUCAGCUCCUCGCUCUGAGCCCUCUGUGAACUCCAGAGCAGGAGACAGUCUGCGGGAGAUAACAGGACCGGACAAAGGUGCUGAUUCGUCACACUUUCUGAGGAUAAAGACAGACAUCAGUACGACUGCCGUGGAUUGAAAGAAGAAAAUAUGGAAAAGUUGGGACUAUCUUUCCAGAAUCGCUAAAUCAUCCAACAAAAAGGAAGCAUUGGAUUUGUAAAUAAACACUUUGUGUCUGUGCAUGGACUCAAUGGAGGGACACUGACUGUGUAUCAUAAUGACAGAAGAGGAUUUGUUUAUCAUGUUGAUAAAUCAGCUGCAAGAACUGAACUAACAAGUGGUUUUUUUUGUAAGCUUUUUGCAUUUGAAAUAAUGGAUGUGGAGCUCACUUUUAUCAUCAGCCUCUUUUGUUGUGCUGAAACGUGAAAGUUUGGAAACGAUGUUGAUGACUGACAAAAGAAGAUUAAUCUGCAGAGACUAAUAAUUCAAUUGUCUGUUUUGUCCUUGAGGAGAA